GUGGUGAACUUUCUCUACAGGAUGAUUUCUCCAGGUGUGGUCUUUGUCUUAUUGGCUGUUCUGGGACAGACAAGUGGCUUUUCUGUAUCCUUGGUCAAAUCAUGUAAUACUUUGGUGGAGGUCACUGAUCAGCGUUCAGAUACAAAUAUUGCUAAAGGUGGGAAAGUGACUCAGUCCUCGCUGUUUGAGAAUGCUGUCCCUGAAAGGGCCGUUGAUGGAAAUCGUGCUAGCAACUGGCCAGAGGGUUCCUGUACACACACACAAAAGGAUCAAAAUCCAUGGUGGAGUCUGGACCUCCUGAAAACAUAUAAGAUCAACACCGUCACAAUCACCAACAGAAAAGAUUGUUGCCCCGAAAGACUCAAUGGUGCUGAGAUCCGCAUCGGAAAUUCCAUCAUCGACAACCGCAAUGCUAAUCCCAGAUGUGCAGUGAUCUCAUCUAUCGCUGCUGGGGCCUCACAAACCUUUGUUUGCAAUGGAAUGGAAGGCCGUUAUGUAAACAUUGUGAUUCCUGGAAGACAAGAAUCCCUGACACUGUGUGAGGUGGAGGUCACUGGUCAGCCUUCAGAUACAAAUAUUGCUAAAGGUGGGAAAGCGACUCAGUCCUCGCUGUUUGAGAAUGCUGUCCCUGAAAGGGCCGUUGAUGGAAAUCGUGCUAGCAACUGGCCGGAGGGUUCCUGUACACACACACAAAAGGAUCAAAAUCCAUGGUGGAGUCUGGACCUCCUGAAGACGUACAACAUCAACACCGUCACAAUCACCAACAGAAAAGAUUGUUGCCCCGAAAGGCUCAAUGGUGCUGAGAUCCGCAUCGGAAAUUCCAUCAUCGACAACCGCAAUGCUAAUCCCAGAUGUGCAGUGAUCUCAUCUAUCGCUGCUGGGGCCUCACAAACCUUUUUUUGUAAUGGAAUGGAAGGCCGUUAUGUAAACAUUGUGAUUCCUGGAAGACAAGAAUACCUGACACUGUGUGAGGUGGAGGUCACUGGUCAGCCUUCAGAUACAAAUAUUGCUAAAGGUGGGAAAGCGACUCAGUCCUCGCUGUAUGAGAAUGAUGUCCCUGAAAGGGCCAUUGAUGGAAAUCGUGCUAGCAACAGGCAAGAAAAGUCCUGUUCAGUCACACAAAAGGAUCAAAAUCCAUGGUGGAGUCUGGACCUCCUGAAGACGUACAACAUCAACACCGUCACAAUCACCAACAGAAAAGAUUGUUGCCCCCAAAGGCUCAAUGGUGCUGAGAUCCGCAUCGGAAAUUCCAUCAUCGACAACCGCAAUGCUAAUCCCAGAUGUGCAGUGAUCUCAUCUAUCGCUGCUGGGGCCUCACAAACCUUUGUUUGUAAUGGAAUGGAAGGCCGUUAUGUAAACAUUGUGAUUCCUGGAAGACAAGAAUACCUGACACUGUGUGAGGUGGAGGUCACUGGUCAACCUUAGUAUCCAGUUUACU